CUUCCUCUACGACUUUUCAAAGACCCCCAGACGGCGAUUCAUGAGGGUUUGAAGAGAUAGAUAUUGGACAAUCGGCUUGGUGGAAGGGUUUGCUAGGGCUGGCGUGAGCCAGGGAAGAGCAGUGUGGUGUUCUCAUUACUGAGGAAAGCAACCCUUCUUGGCCCUCCAUUCAUUGACCUAGCAUCAGAGCGCAUGAGCCUGGAGGAGGUUCCCCUGCGCGAGGCUUGCAUUUCAAAUUCAAUGCCUCUACGAGCCAAUUGAUUGGAAAGAUAUGGAAACGCGCGAGUUUGCGACUAGAGAAGAAUUGUGGCGCAUCCACGAGACGCUCAACGAGCUCUCCACGACGCAGGCCGCACACUCGGAGAGAAUCAUGCGUUUGGAACAGAAGACACCGGAUGGAGGUAGAUCCAGGAGUCUGUGGGGUUCUUCAUCACCAUUCCCAGGUGUUCUUGGUUCAUCACAUCAUGAUUCCACCCUCAAUCCUGCGGCAGAAGCCUUCCGAAACUUCGAUGCGGAACCUACGACAAGCAUGAUGAGCUCAUUGACUUUGGAUGCGAACGAUGAUUCUAGACGAGUGGCAGCGUCCAGAGCCAACUCGGUGCGGUUCGAUGAAAGCGCAAACAAUCACUAUACGUCGUCCAGACAGUCUAUCGACCUUCCAGCACGGACGGGGAGUGGACUUGGUGGUCACGCGCUUUCUGAGAGAUCGUUGUCGCAUCGUUCCGAUGGAAAACCCACGACUGCCGGUUUUGGUCGUACAAAUAGUUUUGGACUGGAAGGAAGUCGCCUCCUCGGUUCUAUCCACAACUCACCCAAGGUGUCAGGCAACCCUCCUCCGGGCUUUUUUGUCUUGGGUCCAUGCCCGUCAAUCAUCCGCUGCUGGUUGACCCAGUCCUUCUCCAACGAUUCGCUACUCUAUGCUGCCAUUUGCACCGGCUCCUCGAUAUCGUCUGUCAGUCAUGCGCUCAUAGACAAGCUCGACCUGAAUGAAUCGAUAUUUGACGACGGAGAGUAUCGUGCCAUCCGACUACCAGUCUACUUGACUGAAGCAAAGAUACAUUCACCGGCCGUCAGAUCAGCGAGUCCAGUACCUCAGAUACCGACCUUGAUGGUGAAAUUCUUGGUCGAUGAUCAGCCGGUGAAGGACGCAUCCAUACAGAUCAUCUUAGGCAGCGACGUUUUGAGAUCCCACAACGGAGAUAUCCUGUUUUCACAGGACAAGCUUAUGAUCUUUGAUGAAGAGCGAAAUCAGUUGUCGAUACCACUGGUGCGACCUGAAGACGACUCAACCUACAAGGAUCUGUGCACGGUUUCCCGCAAGCAAUCGUCGUCAAUGGAAGUUGUCUUACCGCCUCCAGCCUCCCCAAUCGGGGUCAUUGGCCGACCUGGAAGAUCAAUUUCCUCGGCCCAAGGAGUGGCUUCUCCGCUUGCAGCACCAUCAAGCAGCAUAGCUUCUGCGACGCCUUCUGAACCCGGAGAUAUGCGCAGAAUGGAUCAGCAAACUGAGCCGUCGACCCGAUCGAGUCUGGACCUUACGCAGUCAAGACCAGCAGAUGAUUCCAAAUCGACUACUGGCAGUGAGAAGUCGUUCAGUACGCCAAUGUCGAAAUCUGCUGGCUCAGGAGUGUGGGCCAACUCGUGGCGCUCGGCAUCCGCAUCCGCACAGAAUGAUUCGAAUCAGAAACCAUCCUCGAGUUAUGCCCGGCCUAGCGCAUCUCGACCCAUGAAGAUUCUUCGACCAGCCAAAACCAUGGCAAAUGCAACCAGAUCCGUCUCCACGACUGCGGCAACUCCUAAUGGGGCAGAGAAUGCGACAGGACGAUCGGAGGCUGAUGGACAAGCCAGCCAGAACGAUUCGAACGGGAAAGCUGGACAAUCAACAACGACGACCAAGUCGAAUCCAAUUGGUUCUGGCACUGCUUUUGGAUGGCUAAAUACUGGGCCGCACCGAAGAACGACCGCGAACGGAUGAAAGGUUAGAAUCGAUCAGUGGCAUUCAUCAAGGAGAUCUGCAUAUCGAUGUGAACAAUCCCGGAGCAAGGCUCGGACGAUGGAAGUGUCCUGGGACGUGGCUGAUGUUCUGUAACAGCAACUGGAGAGCCUCGCCUGAUCUUUGGAGGUGGGGCUUCUAAAACGCGACUUGUAUUCUAGAUUGGGGCUAUGAACCUUGCAACGAAGCGAGAUCUGUGAGACAAGGUGCAAGACAGAGAAAGGUAUUCCAGACAGAGAGACAGAAGCCUCAAGGCCACAUCAAAAAGAAGAAUAUUGCAACAAUAGGUAUCGAUCAAUGCCGACACGCGAUAGCCGAGCAAGAUUGAUUCAUCCCCACACUUUUUGCCCAUAUUU